AAGCCAACAACAGCAAGCACACUAGCUAACACCUAACAAGCUAGUAGCACAGUACAUCCCAAAUCAGAGCAGACUCAAAAAAAGCCUGUUAGCAAGAAGCCUGACCAACAGAGCCUUCGUACAACCUCACAUUUUUAACCUCACCUAAUAUAAAAUGACACCGGCACACAACAGAGAUGAGGCAAUCAAGAGUCAAACUUUAAGAAUCCCCAAUUGGAUGCUAAUAGUGCUAGUAAUGGGAAUCACGACACCGACUGGAACACUGAUGAUGAGCUUGAGGUCCGUAAUGAAUCCUUUUCUCACUGGGGUUCAACGAGUUCUGGUCAAGAAGCUAAUGGGGGCUUUGGAGAGGAGAAGAUGAUUCAGAAGCAAUAUUAGAAACUCUUCUUACAUACGCUGUGAGUAUUAUGCCUCAUUUCUGUUAUUGCAUAUUUAUUUUUAUGUUGGUCCGAUUUUUGAAGUCAGUUAUGUGCCCCCUAGUUACAAUAUUUUAGUAUAUAAAAUAGUUUUCUUUUGUUUUUACUAUUUCAUCUGAUGUAGAAGUGGAUGCAAAUUUUACAUAUUCUUUUCAAUAGUUGACCUUUUAAAGUUUCUUGAGAUUGAGGAAGUCUCAUCUGAAUUUCCUUCUUUACCUUCUCUCGUCAAUGGAGCUCAAAUAUCAGAAAAGGGAAAAGAAACUGAGGAAGAACUGGAAUCAGAUUUUCUUUGGAAAGGUUGUCGAGAAUUUUCCCCAAGAAGGUCUUUCUCCUAAACCAUGCACUUUUGACUCUAAAAGCAAAUCUCCAGAUAACCUCUCUGAAAUUGAUAGUUGUCCUAGAAUUGAGGAAAACUCAAACCACAUUUUAGAGAAGGAUACAAUGUUGUCGUCGCUAGUGGAUAUGGGUUACUUGGUUGAGGAGGCUUUGACAGCUAUGAAUAAUUGUGGUUCAGAAGCACAACUGUCAGAGUUGACAGAUUACAUAUGUGCUGCUCAAAUGGUAAAGGAUUUUGAUGCCCAGCUUAGAGAAUCACCUGAUGAGGAAGAUAGCACCUCGGUCAUGACUUCUUAUUCCUAUACAAUGCCUAGGAAUGAUUAUCUACCUAGAGAAAAGAAAAGGAAGCUUCACAAAUUCCAACAAUUUGGAAAAAAAUGGCACAAGGGGAGUGAGAAGAAGCAUUGGGAUGAAGACGGAGACAUUAUGCAUCUCCCAAAUCCAAUGAUAGGAUUUGGGAUUCCUGAUGAUCCUUGGCAUAUUGUUGAGAGAAAGCUCCCAGAGGUAGCUAUUGGUCCUCCUUAUUUCUAUUAUGAAAACGUGGCUCUUACUCCUAAGGGGGUGUGGAGUAAAAUAUCACGUUUCUUGUAUGACAUAGAGCCAGAAUUUGUUGAUUCUAAACAUUUCAGUGCUGCUGCAAGGAAAAGAGGUUAUGUCCAUAACCUUCCAAUUCAGAACCGAUUCCCUCUUUUGCCAAUACCACCACGAACCAUACAAGAAGCCUUACCCUUAACCAGUAAGUGGUGGCCUUUAUGGGACAAAAGAAGAAAACUGAAUUGCCUUCAAACUGCAAUUGGGACUGCUAAACUCACUGAGAGGAUAAGGAAUGCACUUGAGAGCAAUGAGAAGUAUGGUGAUGAACCUCCUCCACAUGUGCAGAAGUUUGUACUUGAACAAUGUAGAAAAUGGAAUUUAGUUUGGGUUGGAAAGAAUAAAGUUGCACCUCUUGAACCAGAUGAAAUUGAGAUGUUGCUUGGAUUCCCAAGGGACCACACUAGGGGUGGUGGGAUUAGUAGGACAGAUAGAUAUAAAGCACUUGGAAACUCAUUUCAGGUUGACACAGUUGCCUACCACCUUUCUGUAUUGAAGAACCAGUUUCCAAAUGGAAUUAACCUCCUUUCACUUUUCUCUGGGAUUGGUGGUGCUGAAGUUGCUUUGCAUCGACUUGGGAUUCCCCUGAAAAAUGUGGUCUCUGUCGAGAUUGCUGAAGUCAACAGAAAUAUUAUUCGUAGUUGGUGGGAGCAAACCAACCAGCGUGGACGACUUAUUGAGAUUGCAGAUGUACAACAAGUCAGCAUUGAAAGGCUAGAUCAGUGGAUCAGCUCAUUCGGUGGGUUUGAUCUUGUCAUUGGUGGAAGUCCUUGCAAUAACCUUGCUGGCAGCAACCGAGUGAGUAGAAAUGGACUGGAAGGCAAGCACUCAUCACUGUUUUAUCAUUACGUUCGAAUUCUAGAUCUUGUUAAGACAAUGAUGGGUAGGGACAGAUGACAUAAUCUGCAGCCUUUAAUACUCAUCAGUGCAAUUUCAUCUUUUUAAUUUUUAAUUUUUUUUUAACAGCAUUUUUGACGCUUAGAAGAUUAUUUCUAGUAUUUAGUAACAAUUAAUUGAUACAUUUUGCUCUCUUUUGGGGAUAACACCUUGUUUGCAAAUCUACUCGAGAAGUUCUGUACAAUCUUUCUGCCAAGUCUGAAGGUAAUUUAAUUGAUGCUGCCAUGAUGCUCAUAAUGAAACUUGGUUCAAAAUCUUUUAUCUUUGAUAAGAAGUUUUCUUGGAAACAAUAGAUCACACUAUUAUGGCACCCGAAUCCCAAGGUGGGUUUGGGUUAACUUUAACCUGGGGAAAGAGUGCACAGUGGACAAGGGCAUCACUCUUUUACAGGUCCAUGCAGGGGGAAAUGCUAGAAAGCCACAAUUUUGAGAGCAGAUGAAAGAGAUUUCUAUUAUCCAACAUUCAGCCACCUUAUGCAUCAGGAUGUCCAGGCAACUUAAUAUGUAGCUCAUAGGAGAAUACUACCUACAGGACCACGAUAU